GCGAAGAGUCAUGGCGCGGGCCUUCUUGUACGGAUCAGUUCCGCAAGAUGAGGUCUCGUUUCGGAGGAGAACAGGACUGAGCACUAUGGGGAAGCGAGUUUUGAUUGGAUGUGUCGGGGCACUAUGCAUUGUAUCUGCCAUCCUCCUUGUAGCUCGAACGUCUUCCAAACGCAGCUCUCUCAUGGAAUUUUUCGCCUAUCCUUCAGAGGAUUCAUUCCCCUGGAACGAGCUGAACUCUCCGUUUGAUUAUCGUUAUCAGGGAAGGCAAAGUCCACUUCAAGGGUAUAGCAGCGAGUAUGGAUACGAGAUUGAAAAACCAGACCCUCUCGAAGCCUACGGAGGGAACUGGCCGCUCUAUUCACCUGAGGCAUGCAUCCCACAGACUUUCCCCGAACUCCCGCAAGGGUUCAUUUGUUCUUCGGAUGACUAUGGAGUGUUCUUGCUGGACCCAUACGGCAAUCUUUACGGUCGCGGAAUCCAGGAGAGGCUGCGCAGGGUGCUUGCUGCUGAAAGGGAGAGCAUCGAGAGGGUGGACGCUAAGAUCCCGGAGAAGGCCGAGGAGCGGCAUAGAGCCAACUGGGUCUCUCCCCUAAGCUGGGUUGAACCGUCCCUGCUUCCCAAUCAAACGGAGUGCGAGGAAGUGAUCAAGAGUUUCUACGAGUUCACAUCAUCUCCCAUGGUUGACGACCUCUCCAACGCGACAUCCCUGCUGUCCAAGGACUUUGCAUUCUCAAGCACUGAUGUGGCGCUUGUUCCUGGCUGCGUGGCGGAGACGAACGGAAAGCUGCUCGUCGGACCAGACGCCUGGGCAACUGCCUUCGGUCAGACUGUGGAUGCGUUUGGUAACAUCACCAGCUCUCUCGCUGGGAACAUCAGCUGCAAGCCGGUGAAGAACCCAAAGGAUGCGCUGGAGCCAUACAUGUUCUGCGUUGCCAAGCACAUUUGCACCUUCGAGCUCAAGAGCGUCAGCAACUCCAGCGGUCUUCCUGUCACCCUGGAGGGUGAAAUCAUGGACACCGUCUGGAUCAACGGGGAGGGUCACAUUGUGAAGCUGCACUCCGAUUUCGACCCGCGCUUCUUCCAUGUGGAAGGUCAGAAUUCAACAGCGCCUGAGGAUAAAGACGCUGAAGCCAAGGCUCUGAUGAAGAGCAUCGUAGAGGGAAAGUAA